AUGUCGUUCGCAACAAAUUCUUCUGCCUUUGGCAUCAAGCCCACUGUACCGGCGGCAGGCUCAUCGCUCUUCGGGGCACCCAAACCGCAAGGAUCAAAUCUAUUUGGGCAGCCUCAGCAACAAGGACAACCCACCCAACCUUCUCUUUUCGGUGGUUUUGGUCAACAGCAGCAGCAAAAUCAGCAGAACUCCCAGCCCGCUGCUACUGGAAGUCUUUUUGGCCAACCUCAGCAACAACCAGCGGCUGCGGGUAGUUUGUUCGGUCAGCCUGCUCAGCAGCAGGCACCAACAGGAGGCUUGUUUGGACAACCUCAGCAACAGCAGCAACAGCAGCAGUCGGGGACUACUGGGGGACUCUUUGGACAGCCCGCCCAACAGCAGCAGCCUUCUGGUGGGCUAUUUGGACAACCCGCUCAGCAGCAGCAGCAGCAGCCGACAUCCAAUCUGUUCGGUCAGCCAGCACAGCAGCAACCGAAUGCAUUUGGAUCUUCUCUAUUUGGCGCCAAUAAUCAGACUAGUACUCAGCAAUCAAAUACUUUUGGUGGAUUUGGUUCAUUUGGUCAAAAUAGCCAACAGCAACAGGGACAGCAGGGACAGCAGCAACAGCAGGGAGGAUUUGGUGCGAGUACUCUACAAGCCCAGCCUACAAUAACGGCGGGGGGCUUUGGGAACACCUCAACUCUAUUUGGGCAGAAGCCACAACAGCCACAUGUCCAACAAAACGCAACGCCGUUGUUCACUAAAUCUACCAAGUUCAACGACCUCCCUGAUGAAAUAAAGCGAACGUUAGAAAAUAUCGACUCGCAUAUCCAAGGUCGUAUUCAGAUCGGCAAAGAACUACAUCGACUCAAGCUUGGUGACGAAGCUGCGAAGGGUCAAGAACUCAUCCGUUCUGUGAAUAAAGAACUGAUGAACACAUCUUCGAUAACGCAUUCGGAUUUGCUGUAUGCUCGAGACAUCAAAGCCAAAGCCGACCAAGCUGUGCAGGAUACAAUAAUCGCUACGCGCAUCAUCGAUGGAUUCAAAAACCCUCAACAACAAGGAGCCUACCUGAAAAACCACGCAACGUUCCCGCUGGAAUUCUUCACCCGUAUUACAGAACAAACAAGAGAGCGGCUGUUGUGGUACAAGGCGACUAUUGAGCAAAUCGAACGUAAACUCUCUUCGUCUUCAAGCCAGGUGCAGCAUACACCGCAGGCCAUAUCAGCAACAUUGCAGGCUCAGCACGCGACUUUCAUUGCGCUGGCCAGCAAGACUGCUGCCCUCGAUGCCGAGCUGCAGAAGAUUAAAACCCUCUAUACUCAACUUUGGCGGUCAAAGACGGGGAGCAUGAGAGACCCGUUCAACGACCUCGAACGGAGUGGGGGAGACUUGGGAUUCAGUUCUCUCAAUGUAAAAUAG